AUCCCUGCAUGGAGCCUCAGAAUGGUAAACGUCAUUGCCAUCCUCUGUCACUGGGCUUUCGUCAGUCUUCGUACUACUAUGUAGGUAUCCUCCAUCCCCAAUACUACAUGGUACGUACCGCAUUACACUAUUUGUGUACAUACUGCUUGAUGUACCGACAGCAGAUCGAUCGAAUAACACUGUACUCCAUCCCGAUAUCCCAUUCUCCAUCAAAGUUCAUAAUCUUCGUGUUAACAGAAAUGGGAUCAAUUACUUCCCAUCUAAUAGAGUCCAUUCAAGUGACUCAACUAGCUAAUGAUUGAACGAUUGAUUGUUUGAUUAAUUGUAUUUCAUUUUACCGCAAACCCUUGAACAGCAGCUGUCACUUUGCAUAUUUCCAACACAAGAAGACGUCGAUGAGCGACGAUAUGGACAGUAAGGCCUUGGAAACCAAGGACCUGGAGAAUGGAGAUGUUGCUUCAGAUCCCCCUCCCGCCCCGGACGAGUCCGGUAACUCGACGGUUUCGUCUGCAACCGCGACUAAAGACCCGAGCGAGGAAUUGCCCGGCCUGCCACUGCUGAAUUACAGGUUGAUGGAGCACAAGAAGAAGCUAUUCCUAGUUGGCGGGAUGCUAUUGCUAGAGGGAAGCAUUUUACCCAUUGUUCUCUACUAUCCGCUAUGGUUUGACACCACCCUUAGACACGGCAUUCUCUUCGCAAUAAUCACCUCCUUCUUCGGAAUCGUCUCCGGUCUCGAGUUCGCCCACCGCUCCUGGCGCCUCAUCCAGAAGGACGACAAAUACCGGCCCCUGGACGGCAAGCGCUGGCGCUUCGACUUCACCCACAUGACGCUGUCCGUCGGCUACACCAUCAUGACUGGCAUCCUGAUCGGCGCCUCCAUCCCGCACGAUCCCCUGGUCCGCCCCCUCGCCAUUCCUCUACCCCUGUUCUUCAUCCAGGUCGGCGCUAUGGCGCUCUUCACCGGUUUCAUGGAUGUCAGACAUAUGUCUACGACGUGCAAGGUCAGCUCGAGACCGAAGGGCGUAAGGAUGCCGCCUGUGCUGUUGGUUUUCAUCGAGGAUGUUGUUGCGGUUGAUGGCGGCGCGGGGAAGACGUACAGAGAGAGAUUAUGGACGCGCUACAGGGUCAGCAGAGUCUUCAGACGGCUGAUCAGAGGCCUGAACUGGUUCUGGGGUGUGGGAUCCCUUCUUGUCGGGGCCGGUUCGUUGGCGGUGGUGUGGACGGUGCCUGAGGAGAUCGCCUACGGUAUUGGCUGGGGUGCACCGCUCGUCUUAACUAUAAUAUGGACGGCUAUCACGGUAUUAUGGACUCAUCGAAGUCUAAAGGCCGAGAAAGAAAGCUGGAUGGAUGACCUGAAACGGCAGGCUCAGAAGAGGAAUGGGAAUGAGAAACCGCUGCGGCAGUAAACGUACACGAAGAUAUGGAUAUGCGAUACCCUUCCUAGGUACAUACUUAGAGGAAUAUAUAGACUGGGAUAUGAAUUGUAAUGAUAAACUUAGACUUGGCUUGGAUGAUUGAUAUAUGGUGUACAGAGUAUUAGUAGUAUUGUUGGCCGUGAUUAGGUAUAUGGAUAGCUGAGGAAUAAUCAGAUGCUUCAACAAGACUUUAUCUGUCGGGCUUCUCCCGUG